CUGAAAAACUCAGGGUCACUAAAUGGAACUUAUAAGUGAGAAACAACACCAGCUGGCGUCACUGUUAAAUAUUAAUCAACAUCUAAACAGUUGAGGCUUAAUUCACUGAGAAAAUGUCCGAUUUCGACGUGAAAACCUUUAAAAUUCCCGGCCAACACUACCUGGAUGGUGUACUCCUGGGUGGAUACUCGCCUCGAGAAAGUAUAGAAAUGGUGAAAACGUUCGACAUGUUUGAGGAUGACUGCGUGGUUUCAGCAUAUCCCAAAUCAGGUCAGACAUGGACCCUGGAGUUGCUUUACCUCAUCUUACACUACGACAACUAUUCUGAAAACGAAGAGACGGACAGCCUCCUACGUACACCAUGGUUAGAACUCGGCAAGAUUGAUAACGCAAGAAUACGGGAGUUGGGCGAAGUCCCGCGACCUCGUGUUUUCAAAACACACGUGGCUGCGCACCAGCUACCUGAGCAAAUGCGAGAGAAGCACUCAAAGAUGAUACACGUGUUAAGAAACCCUAAGGAUGUCGCCGUCUCCUACUACCAUUUCUACCGUAUGGAUGCAAGCCUUGGCCGAUUUCCGGGCACGUGGUCUCAGUUCUACGAGAUGUUUAUGGCGGGAAAUGUAUCCCAUGGAUCAUGGUUCGAUCACGUGCUUCAGUUUUGGCGGGAAUAUAAAGAUAACAAAGACGUUUUGUUUCUCCACUACGAAGAUAUGGUUAAAGAUCAUGCUGGGGCAGUUCGUAAGAUUGCCAACUUUCUUGGGAAAUCUUUAAAUGAGAAUGUAGCUGAGGAAAUAGUCAGACGUACUUCUUUUGGAAGUAUGAAACAAAAUCCAGCCACCAAUUUUUCAAAAUAUGAGGGUUUUGACUACUCAGUAUCCCACUUUUAUCGCAAAGGGAAAGUGGGCGACUGGAAAAAUUACUUCACCGUACAGCAAAACGACGAAUUUGAUGAAGUUUACCGAGCGAAAAUGGCAGACAGCGGUUUAAACGUCGACUUUGGCGAGUAACAAGAAGUUGUGAAAUUUGAUAUAGAAUAAGAGCUCUCAUAAAGGAAAUGAGUACAUGUAAAUUUACGGACCUCCUGAACAAACAUAUAGAUAUUGACCCUUUAUUGCAUAUGUUUGGGUCUCAUGGGCAUCUUCUGUUUUGAGUUUGACGAAAAGCAUUACUGGUACAUGUACUGUCAGCAAGCGAGAGUAACACUUAAUGCGGGACCAAGUUUGAUUUCAGUCUAUAAUUGUAUCGUUUACUGACUCAAGUUAGGACUACACGUUAUUCAAAUAUAUACGUGCCGAUCUUUGUCAAUAGCAAUAUGAAUAUGUGACAACAUAUGUCACAUUUACCCAAAUCAGCAAAUUUACC